UCAACUCGCUCGCCAUGCCCAGCCAUAGGCCCUUGCCGCGAAUGGCUGUCUGUGGGAUUCGAACCUUCGUUCUCCAGGGCCUCGCGUGGAAUGUCAAACAGUUGGCAAUCGGCCGGGUCCAGGGCGUUGACCUCGAAGAGCUUGCGCACGACAGCUCGUGCCAGAUAGUCAUCGUCGGUGCCAAUGAACACGGCCCGGUAUCGUAUCAUGGACGAGUAUGCCUCGACCGGGCUCUGCUCGCCCUGCUCGAGCAUCUUUUCGUCCUCGCCGUACUGAGAAUGCCCGCUGGCCUCGGAUUGAUCAUUGUCGCAGUCACUCGACUCAAAGACGCCUGUCGGCGGAGCCCCCUUCUUCUCCAAGGUCGCCGUUCGGAUCGCAGCGAUGCUGCCCGAGACCUCUUCCGUGGGAAUCGACUUUUUCCUCAGCGUCAGUUUAAGCGUAGCUUGACUCGUUUGGCCGCAGCCGGCCCCUGUGCUUGGUGAGAAGGGGCUGUCGCCAGUGGGCUUGGCAUCCAGACACUCUGCCGACGGAUAGUGACCUAGAUCAUCACCUGCAACGGCUCGAGAAGCUGCAAUGUUCGUGACCGAUCUAUAUGCCUUCGGUCCGUUGAGGCACUCGCUAGACCCCAUGUUGGCGAAAGGCUCAAAAAUGUCCUGAAUCGAAAUAGAAGAUAGUGCGCUUAUGUCCUUUGGGCUCUUGAUUUGAUCCGGUUGAUCUUCGAUGCUCUUUGGCGAAGCUGUGUCCAUGUUGCGAUGGCCGAUGCUGCCUCGAUGCUCGUGGCUUUUGCUGGCCACUUGCUUCACAUAGUUCUGGUGCUGCGAGCGCAGACGACGAACGCACUCUUCCAUGGUGGUGCUCUGCAAGUCUUUGAGUCGCUGCAGCUCGUCAAAGGCCUGCAGCACCAUGAGAUCAUCCCUGGAUGCGGCC